AUGAACGCCUCCAAUAGCGAAAUUGAUUAUUCCACGGACGAUACCCCCUCGAGCACGGGGUCCGACGACAGUUGGGUUGACUUCGGCUGCGGCGAUCUAGACGACGACGACGACGACGACGACGACAACAACGACGACGACGACGACAACAACAACGACAACGACAACAACGACAACGACAACGGCGACAACGACGAGAACAACGACAACGGCGACGAUGACUCCGAUCACGUACACACUCACACCACCUACAUCAAGAUCAAAUCCAAAAGUGGCGUAUCCAGCCGGGUGAAGCCGCCCACCGUCUCUGUCAAACAUCGUUCGUCUCGCUCAAGAGCAAAGCACCGCGAUUCUACCACUGACCACCGCGACUUCAUUGUCUGCUUCAUGAUGAUGUUGGUCAUUCUGUCACUGUUGUUACCUGAGCGAACCUUCGUUUUCUGCGAACUGGUGGGCUUCUUACUGGCCGAGGUUGCAUCAGCUUUGUUCGAGGCAAAAUCUCUCCGGUUUGUAUUAGCUGUAGUGCUGUUCACUGUGGCGAGCCUCAAGAAGCAGAACCCGUGA